AUGUGUUGGGGUGACUUUAGCCCAACUUUUGGGGUGUCUUUAGCCCACAUCUUUCUAGGUUAGAAAAUAGUGUUUUUAAGUUGGUGUCAUCUAAAUGUUCCUUUUUCCAAUGUAUUUAGGUUCGAAAACACUUUUAUUAACUUAAACAAAUCAAUCUAAUGCAUAGGUACCAUUUUUAUUGUUUUAGGCCCUGACAAACAUGCCUAGAAAAUACAAAAGGACUCUCGGGUCUAGGCCUUAUGCGAACUAUUCUUCAGAGACGUUGGAAGAAUGUUUAAGAGCAAUUCGUUCCAAGGAGAUUACCCAGCGUGCUGCUGAAGAGACGUAUGGUAUUCCUCGAUCAACAAUUAAAAACAAACUAGCUGGUAAACACUCAAAACCAAAAGGAGGUACAACGACUUUCACAGCAGAAGAGGAGAAAGUUUUUGAAGAACAUCUUGUGCGGUUAAAUGACUUUGGAUUUCCCGUAAGUGAACUUGACUUUCGUUUUACUGUUAAAGCCUACCUUGAUAAAAAAGGAAUUAAAAUUGGAAAGUUUAAAGAUAACUUGCCAGGCUAUGACUGGGCUAAGGGAUUUUUGAAUCGGCACCCUCUUCUGUCAACCAGAUUUAGCAAAAAUAUUAAAAAGGUUAGAGCUCAGGUUAACGCAGAAGUUAUUGAUUGUUACAUGGAAAAUUUGGCUAAAGAACUUGAUAAAGUGCCGCCGAGUCAUAUUUUUAAUUAUGACAAAACAAAUUUGACGGACAAUCCCGGAAACGUCUUGACUGCUGAAAGUGAAGAAAUUUCUCCUGUUGGAAAGCAAAAAUCAAUCCCAAAAAAGAAGAGGCGGAAGAGUCUUACUCCAAGUUCCUCCUCCGAAGAUGAACCAGAGAUACCGUUGGAGUCAGAAGGAGAAUCUGAGACAUUCUCUGAUUGUGAAUUAGGCAUAGACAGUGGUUCUCCAAUGACUACCGGGAAAGUAGUAGUAAGGGAGUUCAUUGAUGGCUUACGCAAGUCCACAUUCACCCUCCUGAAAUGUGACCAACCACCGGAGCUACCAACUGCAGUUGCCUACCUCCAAGGACAGAACUAUACCACAGGGUAUGAAGACUUCUACAAUGCUUUGUUACAAUGGCCAACAACAGAUGCCGAAAUGAAUGAGGGGUCCAAUGAAGAUGAGUAG